UUGGCUUGGUAUUCUAUUCAAACCUACUUUUCUUCGUUUUCUUCCCCCAUCUUUUCCCUCCUCACUCUGCAUCUUUAAUUUUUGAGGACAAUAACUCCUUAUUCUUCAAGAGCAGUUUUGGUUCACGCCUCUAUUGUCACUCUCGCUUUUUGUGUGUUCCUCAAUCUUGACAACUGCUGUUUAUUGGCCUGAAGACAAAUCUUUGAAUGCUGGAGAGUGGAGAAGAGACAAGGUACUAUGGGCUGUAGCAACAAAGAUCAGGUGGUUUCACAUGCAGGAUCUAAGGACAUGAUGGAAAGUGAACACAAAGAAUCCCCUUUUGCAUCGAUACCAAAAUCACCCAUACAAAGUAGCAGACCAAGCAGCAUGGUUGUCAAGAAAGCACAUACUGUUAUUCCAGCGCAUAUCGUAGCUGAGGCCAUAUCAACACUCCACGGUCUUGAUCUCAGAUGGUCAGGUCCCAUCACAAACACUGAAAGGGUAUAUGUUGAACAGUAUGUCUUGGCAAAAUACCCACAGUAUGCAGGACAAGUUGAAAUAGAAAAUAUGGAUCUCUCUAGUCUUUGUAUCAAUGAGGAGUCCUCUGAGCCUGCACCUGAUGAUAAAAGAAAAUCACCUAAAAGUAAUUUUAGGGAGUCCUCCACACCUUCCUUUGGAAGCAAUCUUCCCGACCUGGACAGGAUCCAAUUGGAGGCAUCAAGACUGCUCGAUAUCCUGACCAAGAAAUCUUCCUUUCCUGGAAGUUUCAUUUCAAUUCCUGAAAUCCAGGCUCGAAACAAAGUUUUGAGGCACUGCGGGUUACGAGAUGAUGACUAUCUUGUUCUGUUUACUCCAAACUACAAGGAUGCGAUGAUGCUAGUAGGAGAAAGCUACCCUUUUUUCCGAGGGAACUUCUACAUGACAAUCAUUGGUGAAGAGAUGGAUUACAUACGGGAGUUUGCCAUUUAUAAGGAAGCAAAAGCGAUCCUGGCCCCUGAAUCAUGGUUGGAUCUGAGAAUCAAGGGAUCACAACUUAGCCAGUACUUUAGGAGGAAGUGUAAGCACAGCCCGAAGGGUUUGUUCUCUUAUCCAGCUGAUGUAAAUGGAAUGCGUUACUCGAUGCAUUGGAUUUCAGAAGCUCACAGGAAUUCAUGGCACGUUCUACUCGAUGCAACUGCCUUAGUUGUGGGACAGGAUCGACUGAAUCUUGCACUUCAUAGGCCUGACUUUGUUUUGUGUAGUCUGGAGAAUACACACGCUCAACCAUCAAGGAUAACUUGUCUUCUGGUCAGGAAGAAAUCUUUUGAUACUACGACAUCUUCAUCUCAGGUCACCGAGUGAAAAGCGGGAUUAGCUUAUGUGAAUACGUCAUAUGUUUAAAUUAGUUGAGCCAUAUCUAUACCUAUUUUGGACUUGGGAAAUUUCGAACAAAUAAAAGGAGUUGGGUCAGGGAUCAGGCAAAACCUGUCUAGUUGAUGCUCCCCAUAUAUGAAAUAACUAUGAUUGAAUUAUUGCAUGAAAGAUCACAAUUGUGGUAAGUUUCUAAACGUUGUUUAAAGCUUGGUUGCAGUUUCGGAUAUCAUUCCAAGAAGCAUUGAAUAUUAUUUUGGCUUCUCUUUCCAGUGU